GCUGGGCUAGUAAAUUCGAUUUUUUCAUUUGAUGUUGCAGGUAUAUUAUUAUUAUCCAUUUUCUGCUGUCUCUGAUCCUGGGAAACUCUACAAUGAUCUUAGAUGGAAUCUUAGUAGACCCCAAGGUUUUGAGGCAGUGAUGCGGGUUAGAUGCAGCCAGGGCCUUCAAGUUCAGGAAUAUGCUGGAAGCUUUUGCAAGCGCAUUCCCACUGAUAUUGAUCUUCCUGCAAUAGACUGCGAUAAAACUAUAAUGGUUACUUUCAAAUAUGAUGAUAAGUUCCAGGAGAAUUCAGAAUGUGCCUUUCAGUGUGCACUUCUUUACACUACUGUGUAUGGUCAAAGAAGAAUUAAAGUUAUAAACCUCUCCCUUCCUUGCACUAGCAUGCUUAGCAAUCUUUUCCGUACAGCUGACUUGGAUACCCAGUUUGCCUGUAUCCUCAAGCAAGCGGCAAGCAGCAUCCUAGUGAACUCGCUUUCUCAAGUCCGUGAGCAGAUCAUAAACCUCUGCAUCAACAUCUUACAUGCCUACCGUAAGUUUUGCGCGACAGUAUCAUCUUCAGGCCAGCUAAUUCUUCCUGAAGCUCUGAAGCUAUUGCCUCUCUAUACGCUAGCUUUGGUUAAAAGCAUUGGUUUACGCAAUGAUGGCCGGUUGGAUGAUCGUUGUUAUUGGGUCAGCCAUGUUAUGUCACUUUCCAUUUCUUUGGCUAUUCCAUUAGUAUAUCCCAGAAUGAUAUCUAUUCAUGAUCUUACUGAGAAGGAAAAUGAUGGUUCUCUUUCAUCUUCCACAAUUCCUCUCUCAAGUGAGCACAUAAAUGAUGAUGGAAUAUAUCUUCUUGAAAAUGGUGAAGAUUGCUUAAUCUAUGUUGGAAACAUGGUCAACCCAGACACACUUCAAAAAUUGUUUGGAGUAACUUCUGUCGAUGGGCUUUCAACUCAGCUUGUAUUGCAGCAAUUUGAUAACGACUUGUCAGAGAAGCUAAGUGAUGUCAUUAAUGAGAUAAGGCAGCAGAGAUGUUCAUACCUGCGUUUGCGACUAUGCAGGAAGGGUGACCCCACAGGCACGCAUUUCCUGUCGUAUAUGGUUGAGGAUAAAACUCCUGGAGGCCUCUCUUAUGUUGAGUUCCUUGUACAUGUUCACCGGCAAAUUCAAACCAAAAUGGCUUGAUCCAGAUGUAUGUUAAUGUAAAAGAUUUUGAUCGUUAUUCGUCUCUUUGAUUUUGUGGAGCUUGCUAUAACCAAAAUGGAUGAGACAGAAAGCAGCAGACGCUUCCUUGCUGCUCAUCAGAAAUGAAAUGGCAAUUAUUGGUGUUUGCUGCAGCUUCCACAAUUUCCAGCACUUAAAGUUGACAAUUGAAGACGUCUCUGCGAGUAAAUUUACCUGGUUGGGAUCUCUGGACCUUGUCUUUGAAAAUUUUCCUUUCAACGUUACUUUUAGACAGGUGGUGUAUGAUAUCAACGCAGAAGUUGGGGCUUAGUAAUAAAAGCGUUUUCGUUGGUACUCGUGUUUUGAUGAGAUUGUUCCAAUUUAUAGUUUCAAUUUUUUUUUUUUUAUGUAUUUUUCUAAUAGAGGUCAUAACCAUUGCAAGUAUUAUUGUUAAACAUGGUUAUUGAUGAGUGUUGUAUUAAUGUCAUUUUUAUCUUUGUAGUUUCAUUGGUCUAUCA